GCGGGAAUUUGUCCCGGGCUGUGUUACAGAAACCGCUGAUGAGAACUAGCGCGGAGGAAAGGGCUCCGCUUUAUUUGCUCUCAGAAAUCGGUUUCCUUUUCUCCGGUGUAUCGGAGCCCGUUAGGAAUCAGAAAUAAGUAAGAAAGCACAAUGUCUUCAAUGUGGUCUGAAUAUACAAUUGGUGGUGUGAAGAUUAAUUUUCCUUAUAAAGCUUACCCAUCACAGCUUGCUAUGAUGAAUUCUAUUGUCAGAGGAUUAAACAGUAAGCAACACUGUUUGUUGGAGAGUCCCACAGGAAGUGGAAAAAGCUUAGCCUUACUUUGUUCUGCUUUAGCAUGGCAACAAUCUCUUAGUGGGAAGCCAGUGGAUGAGGGCUUGAGUAAAAUGGCUGAAGUACCAUUGUCAUGUUGUUGUCCAUGCCAUUCAAAGAAUUUCACAAAUGAUGAUGUGAACCAAGGAACUUCACAUCAUUUCAACAGUUCAAGCACACCACCUUCUGAAAGAAAUGGCACUUCAUCAACUUAUAAAGACUCCCCUGAAAAAACCACUCUGGCUGCAAAGUUAUCUGCCAAGAAACAGGCAUCCAUAUACAAAGAUGAAAAUGAUGAUUUUCAAGUAGAGAAGAAAAGAAUUCGACCCUUAGAAACUACACAGCAGAUUAGAAAACGUCAUUGUUUUGAAAAGGAAGGACAUCAUUUGGAUGCAAAUGUUUCUUCUGGAAAGACUUUGAAACUUAGUUCUCCAUCAGGAAAGAUAAACUCCUUUUCUCCACAAAACCCCCCUCCUGGCCACUGUUCUAGGUGCUGUUCUACUAAACAAGGAAACAGUCAAGAGUCUUCAAAUACCAUUAAGAAGAAUCAUGAGGGGAAAUCCAAGAUACCUAAAAUAUAUUUUGGGACACGCACACACAAGCAGAUUGCUCAGAUUACUAGAGAGCUCCGGAGGACAGCGUACUCAGGGGUCCCAAUGACUAUUCUUUCCAGCAGAGAUCAUACUUGUGUCCAUCCUGAAGUCAUCGGUAACUUCAACAGAAAUGAAAAGUGCAUGGAAUUGCUGGAUGGAAAAAAUGGAAAAUCCUGCUAUUUUUAUCAUGGUGUUCAUAAAAUUCGUGAUCAACACAUAUUACAGACUUUCCCAGGGAUGUGUAAAGCCUGGGAUAUAGAGGAACUUGUCAGCCUGGGGAAGAAACUAAAGGCCUGUCCAUAUUACACAGCUCGAGAACUAAUAGAAGAUGCUGACAUAAUAUUUUGUCCCUACAACUAUCUUCUAGAUGCACAAAUAAGGGAAAGUAUGGAUUUAAAUCUGAAAGAACAAGUUGUCAUUUUAGAUGAAGCUCACAACAUUGAGGACUGUGCUCGGGAAUCUGCAAGUUACAGUAUAACAGAAGUUCAGCUUCGGUUUGCUCGAGAUGAACUAGAUAGUUUGGUCAAUAGUAAUAUACGGAAGAAAGACCAUGAACCUCUACGAGCUGUGUGCUAUAGCCUCAUUAAUUGGUUAGAAGCAAAUUCUGAACAUCUUGUGGAAAGGGAUUAUGAAUCCUCUUGCAAAAUAUGGAGUGGAAAUGAAAUGCUUUUAAAUUUACACAAAAUGGGCAUUACCACUGCUACUUUCCCCAUUUUGCAGGGACACUUUUCUGCUGUUCUUCAAAAAGAAGAAAAAAUCUUACCAAUUCAUGGUAAAGAAGAGACAAGAGAAGUACCUAUUAUUAGUGCUUCAACUCAAAUAAUGCUCAAAGGACUUUUUAUGGUACUUGACUAUCUUUUUAGGGAAAAUGGCAGAUUUGCAGAUGAUUAUAAAGUUGCUAUUCAACAAACUUACUCCUGGAUAACUCAAACUGAUAUUUCAGAUAAAAAUGGGUUCUUUGCUCUACCAAAAAAUAAGAAACGUUCACGACAGAAAACUGCAGUUCAUGUGCUAAACUUUUGGUGCUUAAAUCCAGCUGUGGCCUUUUCAGAUAUUAAUGGCAAAGUUCGGACUAUUGUUUUGACAUCUGGCACAUUAUCACCAAUGAAAUCCUUUUCAUCAGAACUCGGUGUUACAUUUACUAUCCAGCUGGAGGCUAAUCAUGUCAUUAAAAACUCACAGGUUUGGGUUGGUACCAUUGGGUCAGGCCCCAAGGGUCGGAAUCUCUGUGCUACCUUCCAGCAUACUGAAACAUUUGAGUUCCAAGAUGAGGUGGGAGCACUUUUAUUAUCUGUGUGCCAGACUGUGAGCCAAGGAAUUUUGUGUUUCUUGCCAUCUUACAAGCUAUUAGAAAAAUUAAAAGAACGUUGGCUCUCCACUGGUUUAUGGCAUAAUCUGGAGUUGGUGAAGACAGUCAUUGUAGAACCACAGGGAGGAGAGAAAACUGAUUUUGAUGAAUUACUGCAGGUAUACUAUGAUGCAAUCCAGCAUAAAGGAGAGAAAGAUGGAGCCCUCCUGGUAGCAGUUUGUCGUGGUAAAGUGAGUGAGGGUCUGGAUUUCUCAGAUGAUAAUGCCCGUGCUGUCAUAACAAUAGGAAUUCCAUUUCCAAAUGUGAAAGACCUACAGGUUGAACUAAAGCGACAAUAUAAUGACCACCAUUCAAAAUUGAGAGGUCUUUUACCUGGCCGUCAGUGGUAUGAAAUUCAAGCAUAUAGGGCCUUAAACCAGGCCCUAGGUAGGUGCAUUCGACACAGAAAUGAUUGGGGAGCGCUUAUUCUGGUGGAUGAUCGCUUCAGGAAUAACCCAAGUCGCUAUAUAUCUGGACUUUCUAAAUGGGUACGACAGCAGAUUCAGCACCAUUCAACCUUUGAAAGUGCACUGGAGUCCUUGGCUGAAUUUUCCAAAAAGCACCAAAAGGUCACUGAUAUAUCCAAAAAGGACAGAAAGUAUAUGCAGAAUGAUGAGUCUACACUUGAAGUGACCUGUUUGAAGGACAAUACUGUGAAUUAUUUAUUGGAAGAAGCAAGUCAUCUGUCACCAGAAAAUACUAGGGAAGAUGAAGCAAAAAUGUGUGUCCAGGAACCACAGUGUCUUAAAAUGAUUACUAAAAAUCCAUCUCUACCAAGUGGCAUCAUCCCCAGAAAGGAGAAAAAUGAUCCAGCAUUCUUAGAAGAGUCUGUCCAAGCAAUGAAAACAGAAGAAAUAGUGAUUUCCAGAUCCACAAGCCCAACUUUCAACAAACAAACAGACAGAGUCAGCUGGUCUAGCUUUAAUUCUUUGGGACAGUAUUUUACCAAUAAAAUACGUACUGCAACACCUGAGCUCAGGUCAUCAAAGAAUUGUGUCUCUAGUCCUUCUAGUUUCAAAGCAGAAAAGAUGGAAAGUAAAACUGUUUUGCCACUCACUGAUAAAUGUGAAUCCUCAAAUCUGACAGUAAACACAUCAUUUGGGUCAUGCUCUCAAUCAGAAGCCAUCAUUUCAUCAAUAAAAAUUGAUGCUACUCUUACAAAAAUAAAUCAUUCCAAACAUUCACUCUGCUGUGAAGAAAUCCUGGCUCCAGACAUUGAAUUGUCUCUAGAAGGUGAAGAACCUAAAUCUUCCACUCCAAAUAGAGCUUUUGAAACAGAAGAAGAUGAAUCUAUCUAUUUUACACCUGAACUUUAUGAUCCGGAAGAUUCAGAUGAAAACAGUGACCUAGUUGAAACUGACAGAAGUGACAGAUUGGCUAAAAAUUCAAAUUGCAUUUUAGCUGAAAACAUUUCUGAAACUAGAACUAUGAAAGAAGUGAAUUCAGUCAGUGAAAUGAAAGCUGAGACGACGUGCACAGAUACAAAGUUGAAUGGAAUCAUGCCUAUUGAAGAAAAUAAAAUUAGUAACAUUGAUGAUGAUGUAAAAACAACUUGGAUAAAUUAAACAGUCUCCUUCCCAAAAUAAAGGUGUGCUCCCUAGUAUUCGGUAAUAAUACUUAACUCUCAAGCUGUAAAAAUAUGUCGUCAUGCUUAUGUUAAACUCUAUUGUAAGUAAUAAUUUGUACAUUGGAUAAGUGGGGUACUUUCAAAAACCUUUGGAUGUAUUUUUUCACUUUGUCAUCAGAUUUUUAAAAGUCUAUUUUAUGUUCAGAAAUGUAAGUUUUACUAUUUGAAUUUUGAUAGAUUCGUACAAAAUAUUUUCCUCAAAUAACUCUUCCAUAGCUAAGUGCAAUUUAAAAUUAAUCUGAUAUUUAGAGUUUUCUGUAGCACUUCCAAUUUCAUAUAAAUAGUAUUUUGUAGUCCUCUUCAUUUGUUUUCAUGCUGGUACAUAAAUAUUACUAAUAGUCUAAUCUAGUCACACCACAGCCAUGUUUCAUUAUAGAUUUUACCUUAAAUCUGUCUGAAGUUUUUUUAGAAAUUACCUGUCUUGAAAAGUUUAUUCCCUUAUUAAACUGCAUACUUUAUAAUUAAGAGUAAUUAAGAGAACA